GACUAGGAAUAAUCAUCCAAGAGCCAUUGUGCCUUUGUUUCGAGCUUUAGAGGUUUCGUAAAGGUACGGAAUUGCAAUUUAUAUAGUGAAGAUGAAGAUUCCAGAAUCUAAGCCGAUGCAAAUGUCGGUGGAAACGGAAACGGUCAUGAACGUUUCGCAGGUUCAAAUAUCCGGAAGUUGCUCAAAAAAACCUUCCUCCGAAGCUUUAAAGACAAAGAAAACUAACUCGAAGAAAAAAAAGAUCUCUGUGCCAAAUGUCAUUACUUCUAAAUCGGCGAUGUUUGCUGCGAGGGUCGCAUCUGCCGUUGACCAAGAUUCCAAUGAUGAGGAAAGCGAAAACUUUGUUUACGAAAGUGUAAAUUCUCCAUAUGAUGAGGAUUCCCAACAUUCUCCGUCGAACUCUAUUCGAUCCUUGCAGGCUUGCAAUCUCCCAUUAGAGAUGUUGCCGCCAAUUAAUCAUGUUUCUCAUUAUGGUGCUACUAGCUCAAAUGGUGUUUCCCUUGGCGCCUCGAAUUGGUCUCCAAAAAUUGUUCCCAAAAGAUCGGCAAAGUUUUCUUCCAUUCCAGCUGCUACUGCUGCUACUGACAUCAAGAAUAUGAGUCCCACUGCCGCAACCCGUGGACUCGCUUCUCAAAUGCCAAAUCACCUAUCAAAUACCAAAACUCAUUUAUUACAAAAGGAUAACAAUCAACCAUGGCAUACUCAUCACAGUCGAUUUCUAAGUGAGAACCUCUCGAAAUCGGAUUCAUUCUCUACCUCCAAUUCUAGAUAUUUCCUGUCCAAACGAUUAUUCAUUCUGCUGCUUCUGGCUGGCAUAUUCCUAUUUCUUUUAUUAUACAUCUUCUAUAUGCCGGACUUAAUUUAAUAAUGCUAUAUUAAUGGACUUUGGCUUACUUACUUUUUUCCUUCCAAUUAAAAGAUAAUGCUAUUAAUAUCUAGUCUUAGAAGAUCUAUGACUAGACCUUUUUGUUGACUAAGAAUUCUGCGUGUUUAAUAGUUUCGACUUGUUCGACUGGAAGACAUCCUGAUCUCUCUUAAAUGCUUUAUGCCCCGUUUUCAUGUUUUGCCUCCUAAUUUUAAUUAUCCGUUCCGUUCCUACUUAAUUUUAAUAUCCGUUUUAUCUUUCUGCGUAGUUGAUAUGAUUUUAUCACGUUUUAAUUUAUUAUGUUCUCCUUUGCAUAACUCGUACCUUCCUUUCUUUAUUUGUUUGGAUUAGGAAUACAAUUUCUCGUUGUCUAAUGGCCUUUUUCAUCAUAUUUGAGAGUAUAUUUUGACUAAAGUUUUGAAAAAUAUUGAGCAUUCAUACAUGAUGCCAGUAUAUCAUCAUAUCCCAAGUUCUAACGUAUUGCAAAUGCUUGGUUGUAUCGAAUGAAAGUUACCCUUAUCUUUGUGAGUAUAAAGUUUUGGAAACUUGAUUUGCAUAUGUUUUAUAUGGAAUGAAGGAAUAUUAUAUAUUUCUGCAAGCUAACAUAAAACGCUUAGCUUUAUUAUCGUCUGCCGUCCUCUUUCAUCAUAAUGUUGGUAAAAGAUGGAUCUAAUUACUGAUAAACAUAUUCAUUCAUAGAUGUAAAUUAAAAUAUUUUAUUAUACACUACCCAAGUACUUUUAUAUGAGCCCUCAAUUUCCGCCUUUCAUAGUUUCCUCUCAAUAACCCAUUAACGCUAACAUAACUCAAAUACAAGAGAUCUUGGGUUCUCUAUAGUUCAAAGCCGUUCAUGAAACGCAGUAACCUGCUUAGU